GCAAGAGUGUCUUCGACAUCUACGACAAUGUUCUCAAAUUUAAGCUUUGAAAGUUUUACCGUGAAAGCUGCGGCAUCCUCUCGUGGCUAACGACUGCGGCAUCUGACUCGCGUGUUUCGAAUGACGACAUUGGGGCUUUUCUUUUCAUGGCUUGGCAUGGGCAACAUAGUCGGCCAUACCUACUUCAGCAGGAUGAAUUUUCAUGAACAUGAUACAUCGUUUCAUUCGAAACUCGGAUAUACAAUUGCUCCCUUCUGCUGUAUUUGUAUUUUGUUGGACAUCUCUGUUUGCUGUUGUAUUCUUGCACUCCAUGGUUGUGCCAAUGCCCCCGGUUAAGAGCUAAGGUCAAAUUUCAUCCAAGUUAAAUACUUUUCAGCACAUCUUCUUUAUCAUUGAAGACAUCUGCCCUCGGUCUUAAGGAUGAGCGGUCUUACUCUCGGCCAGGAUGGCCGCGCAGACGAAGAAACACCACCCCUUUCACGCAGGUCCGGUAAACGAUCGGAUAACACUCGGAUCUGGUCGCGGGUGAAGAAACACCACAACAGAAACAUCAGCAAAAGCUGGGGAGAUCUCGUGUUACUCUUCUGCUACCUAAUCACUGGACUUCUCGAUAGCGCAGCGACACAAUCAUGGGGUUGCUUCGUCAGCAUGCAGACUGGAAACACAGUAUACUUCGGUCUGGGCCUCGCCAGCCCUCAUUCUGAUACCCGCUGGAUCAAAGCGGGCGUUUCCCUGGCAUGUUUCUGCUUAGGGUCAUUCUUCUUCAGCCGCUUCCAUCGCUUGUUUUCUCCACGCCGCCGUUGGGUGCUCGUCUCCUCCUCUCUCAUCCAACUCCUAUUCGUUACCCUCGCAGCUCUAAUCGUCACUCUUGCCAAAAAUGCCACAGGCCCAGAGUCUACAACAGAGCUCCACUGGCAAGUCCUCGUUCCACUCGGGGCAGUCGCUUUUCAGUCCUCCGGCCAGGCGGUCUUGAGUCGUGUACUGCAGCAUAACGGGCUAACCAGUGUUGUGCUGACGAGUAAUUAUUGCGACUUGUUCAGUGAUCCGAGGUUAUUCUCAGCGGUGAAUGUGGAGAGAAAUAGGAGGGUUGCGGCUCCCGUGAUGUUGGCGCUGGGAGCCCUUGCGGGAGGCUUUUGGGCGCGUAGUAAGGCUGGGAUGAUGGGUUCGCUUUGGACAGCUGUGGUGUUGAAGGCCGGAAUUGUGGUGGCGUGGGAGGUUUGGAAGGCGGAAGAGGAGGUCGGUGAAGACUAAUAGAAUCGGGGCCUGGGGACUGCGCACGCUUAACGGCUGGCUGGUGUAGCAGGUCGUGAUGUGAAGUGGAGGGCGAGAAAUUUUGGACUGUCGCAUCUGAACGUCAAUGGUCUGAUAAGAAGACGAAGACUCCCCGAGUGUCGGAUAGCAAACGGCUCGAACAUCGUGCUAAAUGCGAUGAAAACAUACAAGAGCAAAAUAGGACUAUGAAAUCAGGGCUUCUGCUGUGGACAUCAAGGCCUCAAGGAUUGAAUCAUGUGUGUUGAGCCUGUUUAGCACUGGCAACGGUAUGUGGAUCUUUAAGUUACUGCUCCAGCAUAUUAUUUAUGCGAGCCCGAAGGGAUUACGAAGGCCCUUAUAUCACAG